GAACACUUCGGUCUCCUCUUUCCUGAGGAAAGUCUUGCUUGUACGUCAUAUAAGUCACGAGAACUGAACUGCCCGCUUCAUUGUUUCACCAUACGAAGAACUUAACGUAUACCAUUCUCUCAUGAUGCAGAUACUUUAACUAACAUUCCACAAACUAUAAUAUAUAAAAUCUUUAGAUCGUCACUUACUCUUGCUCUCAUAAGAUAAGCAUUAGUUUUUGUAGACUAACUUUGGAAUAGAAAUGGGUAUGUUCCCCAGAUUUGGUGGCUGGAUCAAUCAGAAUAUUCAAGAACCCCUUAAGGCGUCGACCAAGAGAUCUGAGAAGGGUAAAUCUAGUUCGUUUUCAGAAAAAGAUAGGUAUCUUCAGGGACCAUGGUAUUGGAAUCCUGCUAUAACCCCUAAAGAGAAGGCUGAAUCCAUGGAAAUAGACCAUGUUAAAUCUAUGCCACUGUAUGCUACCGAUCCUAAGUACUAUGACUUGGAUGAACUGGUGAGGCAAGUAAGACUUUGGAUGUCUGAAAAUAAAAAACAUCAGUGGCACGAUGAACCUGCUAAAGUGAAGGUGAAAACAAAAGAGGGCAUUUGCCAUUUAAACAUAAAUUUCACAUUGGGAUGGCCUCCUCAAGCAGUCUUCGAGAUGUUCACUGAUCCAAGAAACAUGGGAUUUUUCCACUCAAUGGGAAAGUACAAGGACCAUUUUCGCACACGUUUGGACACAAUAGCAACAAAGGUUAUAAAGAAGGAUGGACCAAGGCAGAUUACGGAAGUGGAAAAAGUUUUGAGAUGGAAGAUACUUGGGUAUAAUGGGACUAUCCCAAUACAUGUAAUCAUCGAUGAAAACCAUCAAAAAGUUACAGCAACAUAUAAGAAAGUGAAAGUGAAGCACAUGAAAGUGUUCGAGGGUAGCUGGAAAAUGGAGCCACUGUACGUAGAUCAAGAACGGUUGUGCAAGUCUAGGUCGCGGAUUAGUGAAGAAGAGUACAAAAAAUGUAGCAGCGGUAAAGGAAGGAUUGGGUCAAAGGUGACAAUGGAGCACAUAUUUCAGCCAUCUUCUCUUCUUAAUAUACCACCAGUUUCUUGGUUCAUCCGAGGGGUCGCCAUCAAAUUCACUAAGGCUUUGCUCCAAGAUCUUAGAGAAUAUGUAAUCAUGAUAAACAAAAGUACAGUACUAGGAUCUUAAUUUACCAAAAAAGGUUCAGAGCACGCUUGAAGCGUUUAUACACCAAAAUAAACGGUCAUGAUCAUAUUAAAGCUUUUGAAAAUCAAACUAUAACAAUUUGUUAAACUUCUUUAUGAUUGAGACCUAACAAAAAUCGUUUAAUUGACUUAUCUUUUAAUAUAUAACUAGUAUGCACGGAUCUAUUUUCUGUA